GCACAAGUAGAGUUGCCUCACGUGGGUUGACAGCUGCCGCAACAACAUUUACAUAGCACCCCCAACUACUACGCGUCUACUCUUCACGUGAAACCUUGACUCAGACCAUCGACAUCAACAGGAAGCAAUGCCGCGAAAAGAUGCUGGUGGCGGUCCCAUUUCUGCUCAGGCUCAGCAAGAUCUCGUCUCAGAGGGUAUCGAGAACUUCGAGCUUCCCAAAAGUCUUGUCACGAAGAUAGCAAAGUCGGCAAUGCCAGACAAUGCAAAACUGCAGAAAGAAACCGUGUUGUCUCUGGUGAAGGGUUCGACAGUAUUCAUCAACUACCUCGCGGCGACAGCUCACGACGUAGCUUUGUCCAAACAGCACAAAAGUAUCUCCGCGUCCGACGUGCUCAAAGCCCUCGAGAUGAUCGAGUUUGGAGAUCUCGUCGAGAAUCUACAGAAUGAACUUCAGAUUUAUAGAGAUAAUACGAAAGGAGACAAGAGUCGCAAAUCCGGAACCACAAGUUCCUUGCACAAGGGCAAGGCCAGAGAAAGUGAAACCGCAUCAGUCGCCUCGAAAUCAAAGGGGAAGGAGAAGGCGACGAAUUUGCCUCCGCCAUUCACCUUUGCCCCGCGGACACCAAUAGCGUCCUCUGCAUCCCAAGCAGACAUACACAAUACUGAGGUCGAACACGAAGUUGAUGACGAGAUGGGUGAGCCAGGUGAGGGGGAAGACGAAGAAGAUGAGGAGGAAGAAGGGGAAGAUGAUGGAGAUGAUGACCCACCAGCUGAUAUGAUGGCCAUCGAAAAUGAGGAGCAAACGAUAGAUGUUGCACAGUUGGAAGAACCUGGGGGUUUACCAGCGGAGGACUGAUCUUAAUGUGAGUCUUGCCAUAAAAGUCGAUCUUCUAUCCAUCACUAUAUGAUGUCUCGAACCGUUUCCACAUUACAUCAGAUACCAUGGACAACUCCUGACCCUUGGUCCAUCGUUCACUUGGCGAUCUGAAGCUGGUGUGUAGAAUAUUAUCGCAAUUGAUACUGCAUGUUGCAGCCUUGAGU